CUAGUUAAAUAUUUUAUGAUCUAAUAUACGUUGUUUUUUUUUUUUUGUUUUUUUUUGAGCUGAUCUGUUCAAGAUACAAGUGAUCAUAAUGUGAAAGUUAGUCGUCUCUAGAAAAAUACGUGAACGUGUGUCGCCGCGGUAAAAAACGUGAACAUAUAUUUACUUAUAUCUUCAAGUAUUUCAAUAUAAAUAAUUGUAAAUUUCUGAACUGUACACAAAAGGUGAUCACUCUUUUCAAAUCAUUUUUAAAAAGGAAAAUAUUUUUACAGUUAAAACGUUACUAAAAAAAAACCUAUAAAAACUGAGUACGUACUAUAAAUUUGUGAAUACCUUGAUGUAGUUGCCUUUGAUAACCCAAAUAGCACAAAGAGGAACUUCCUCGCCGCAUCAUAAAAACUGGAAAUAGCAGACGCCAGUGUAAACGUGGCGCUCUUUUGACAAAAUCAGACAGGUUUCCUGAAUCGUCACAAAUUUAAAAGGGAGAUCCCUCACUAUCAGAUCUGACCAUACAUGUUCAACACACGCUUAGCAGUCUGAUACAAUGGAGUCGGAAUGUUGGAACAUAUCCCUGGAGGGAUCAGAUACGACGGUGAACGUCGGGUCAGAGGCCGACGCGUUUAGUUCCCGCGACCUCCUUAGCGAUGACCUGGCCCAUAUCUUUACGCUCGCCAACUUCGUCGUCAUCUCCGGAACCGUAAGCCUUUUCGGCUUAAUCUUCAACCUCAUCAACAUCGCAGUGUUCUCGAAGCUCGACUUCUCGGACACCACCAACAUCACCCUGCUGAGUCUGUCGAUAGCCGACGCUGGCAUCCUACUGACCUUGAUCUGGUUGAGCUUGUGCUACAAUCCGUUAGUGGCUAAAUCCUUCCCAAACUUGGACUUUAUGGCCAUCCAACACGUCUCGGGAGGCUGGCCCAACAUCUGUUUCUCUCGCGUUUCCGGUUGGCUGACCGUCUUCAUCACGUUCGAGAGGUACCUCUGCAUUGCCGCGCCUCUUAAAGUCAAAACCAUUUUAACCCCUUCUAGAACCGUGGCCAUCAAUGUUAUAAUCUACGUCAUCAUGGCGGCCGCGGUAGUUCCGGUGUACCUGGCAUGCCGGCUGGAGCCUUCCUUCAGUCCUUCUCUGAACAGAUCUGUCAUUUCCCUGGUCUACGGCGAGUACGGCCACGAGUUGGAGAGUUUCUCCUUGUCUUUCAACGUCUUCGCCCAGCUGACGGCCUUCACCCUUGUGGUGCUCUGCACGACUGGACUCACGCGCACUUUCCUCCACAAAGUCCAGUGGCGGAACAAGGCGUCGUCCUCGGGGAGUAAUGCGGGCAUGUCGACACGAGACAAGAAACUGGUGAAAAUGAUUAUUCUGAUCGCUGCCAUCUUUAUCGUCAGCUCCCUCCCCGGGGUGGUCGGCAUCUUGGCGAUGUCCUGCUACGAAGAUUAUAACAUAACGGGCAGGUACAAAAAUCUGUUCGUGACCAGCUGGGCGUUCUUUUUUACCUUGGGGUCCAUCAACUCUACGGUCAACAUCUUCGUUUAUCUCUACAUGAGCACGAAAUUCAGGGAAACCCUCUUGUCUAUUUUUAGACUUGGUCAACGGCUCAAGAAAACUUGAGUCGCGAAAUAUAAAACAAUUGAAUUUUUAAGAUUUGAAAACGUUCAGGAUCUAUACAAAGGCCUGUACCUUCUGUGAUUGAAAAGAACACGUUUCUUCGCUUUGUAAGCUAUAGCUUUAGUUGACAGCAGGCUUUAACACUUCUUUUUCUGUAACCUUACCACCUAAAUAAAUCCAGC